AUGUCUUUUACCAUCGUAGUCCUGGACGUUUCAGCCGGUGUAGGUGCCACCAUAGUUCAAGCCGCCGUGACGGUCAUUGGAUGGGCGGUCUGCCUGGCUGCCGUGACCGCCCUCACCGUCUACAUUACCGACGCAAGGGUCUCGGCCACUCAACUCUCUCUGGUGGCAGUUCUCAGUGCAAGUCAGAACUCCCCAGCCUCCAUCGGCUUUCGGGCCUUGUCGACUUGGCGAGCCCAUCGGAACGCUAUCCAGCUGUUCAUCCUGAUCACCGCAUUGACCGUAGCUUUCGUCCCGCUCUUGUCGACCCUCGCGCAGCUCGGCGUUGGGACUGUCGUACGCACUCGCCUUGUCGACGCCAAGGAAGGAUCUAACUCGAGUGUUUUCUUGUCGAAUGGAUAUAGCAGCAUCUCGUUGUUCGAUCGGCAUACUGACAAUGUCACGAUCAACAAUAUCACAGUGGGCGCACCUACGGGCUGCCGACUAAACAUCACCGCCAUGGGCUGUACGUACCAAGAUUACGAGGAUUUGACCGACCCAUGGCGGUGGGAUCACCCUCUGAAUGGAUACACAUACCGCGCAGUCUACAAAAAAACAGGCAUCCUCGGUACGAAGUCUGUGGCCCCCAACUUGAAAGCGCGAAUGCUGAAGAAUGCAGACUCGGUGAUCGUCGACGGUAUACUCAAAUUGCCGGAUGCGCAGGGAGUCAUCGCUAUUCCCGCAGUCGAGAUCCGAGACGGGUUCCAAGGGAACGUUUCCGAAAUCCUGUAUGGCGCCCCGGCGACGGUGAUUCGUCCAACUUACUCGUGCGUGGACUCUCAAAUCGCCGCAAUACGUUUUGAAACCAAUCUCACUGGGCUUUGGAUCCAGCGCGAGCCGGAAAAGGAAAAGAGGUUUCUCCGGGUUGCCAAACCAAGCGGAGACCCAGCCGUGGUCCAAAUUUUGGAAGAGACUCGCGCGGUCCUGCAGGAACGCGUGGCAGACCCCAACAACCAUAAAGUCCCGAACUUCAGAGUUCUAGAACAAGAGUUCAUUUGGACGACCUACAACAACAUGGACCCCCCGAUAGAAAUGGAUUCUGCCGUCUUGACACAUCAGACUAAUGCUACCUUCAAUGGGACUUUCGGCUCACUGCCCAUUACCAAUGCCUUGUUCGAAUGCGACAACCGCAUUCAGGCGCUCCAUACGGGUUCGCCAAGAGUGCGCAAUCCUUUGGACGGUGUAUGUGUCGUUAACACCUUCACUUACGAUAUGCCAAUCAGAGGCGAUCUCGUCGAGGUCACCAAGAUCGCUCUGUGUGCGAUGGGGGUCGAGGUGGGCCUCGCUAAGCCCAAACUAACGUGCGAGGACGCACGGUGCACAAAAUACAAGAACAUCACGCUCGACUACCUCCCGUCGAAGCUGUCUCGCGAUGACACUCCCUUUAACGCUACCUACAUGUACUACCGCAACGUCAGUUUGGUCGAGGACAAGAGCGGGGACGCGAUGCAUUAUUACGGGAACCUGGGACCAGAUGACAUGAACCCAUUGGGAGCGAUCGUGGCUUCGUCCCCGUGGGUCAUGUGGAAGCGGAUCCACGCAGACAAAUUGGACAGGGAACAAAUCUUUACGAUCAACGCACGCACGAGUAACGCGGCCUUGCAGGACGAAACGGAUGCGCUUGACCUCAACAAGUUCAGCGCGAUGGUCCGCGACACGUGGGCGGACACCUUCCUCGUGUCGAUGCGGGGCGUGCCGAAUGCGGCAGGUAACGGCAGCAUGAGCAUGGCGAUCGGAUCCUGUCCGUUGUGCGUGGCGGUGUUAGAGUCCCGAGUCGAGUUUUCGUAUGAUCUGCGGUUCGGUGUCGCGCUGGUGAUGCUGCUCGGUUUCGGGAUCGUUUUGGUGGUGUAUGCGCUCGUCACACGAACGUCCUCCGCCUCUGCCGCCGCCGCCGCCCGCCCCUUCCACAACAACAAGACGGGAGUCAUGAGCGUCUUGCAGAAAUCGUCACGGUUGGAACGCAAGUUCGAUGCGGGGAGGUUCAUUACCAGCAGUGAUUGGAGUGGGUCGUCUCAUAGCAAGGAGUGGGGCCAGUGGGCCCGGACCGAGGGCCAUCUCCGGCAUUUGGAUCUUGCAGAACAUGAGCCCGUGCUGGCGUUCCCUCACCCAAUGCAAACUCAAGCCCCCGCGCCGUCUAAGUUGAUGCCCGUGACACACGUCAAAGGAACCUGGGACGCGAAGGAGGUUUAGGCGGUCGGGUCGCCUGUGUGCGGCCGUUUACAUCACUAGAUUAGAUUCGAAUGGACAGUAGGCCUGCUGGAUUUGGCGUCUGUCUGGCAUGUGCAUUUAGAGUUCCCUGGCGUAUCCUUUACAGU